UUGUCUCUUCCUCAUCCCAAAGCUCACCACACCACGCACGCGGCGAUCACAAAGUGCACUUGCAAAGUUGCACCGCUCGAGUCGAGCCACACGUUUGAUAUUCAUAAGUGCAGUUAGGAACUACUCACUGAUCUUCCAGACAUGGCGAGUCCUCGCGGUCUGGCAGGGCUCCUCUGCUUCGCCCUCGCGGCCGCGGCAGCGAGCGCGGCGCAGUACCGGGUCGGCGAGCAGCGGGGCUGGAGCGUGCCGGCGGCCGGCGCCGAGCCGCUGAACACGUGGUCGUCGAGGAUGCGGUUCAUCAUCGGCGACCAGCUCCUGUUCGUGUACCCCAAGGACACGGACUCGGUGCUGCUGGUGGACCAGGCGGCGUACAACGCGUGCAACACCACGACCUACGUGAGCAAGUUCCAGGGCGGCAGCACCGUCUUCACGCUCGACCGCUCCGGCCCCUUCUUCUUCAUCAGCGGCAACGAGGCCAGCUGCAAGGCCGAGCAGAAGCUCAUCGUCGUCGUGCUCUCCGUCGACCACACGCCGCCGGGCCUCCUGCCGCCGCCCCCUCCCCCCUCCAUGCCGCCGUCGUCCGCGCCGCCCAUGCCCAGCCCGACGUCGCCUCCUUCCAUGACGCCGCCGUCCGCCGCGCCGAUGCCCAGCCCGAUGUCGCCGCCUUCCAUGACACCGCCGUCCGCCGCGCCGAUGCCCAGCCCGAUGUCUCCUCCUUCCAUGAUGCCGCCGUCCGCCGCGCCGAUGCCAAGCCCGAUGUUUCCUCCUUCCAUGACACCGCCGGCCGCCGCGCCGAUGCCCACCCCGAUGUUCCCCCCUUCCAUGACACCGCCGUCCGCCGCACCGAUGCCGAGCCCGAUGUCUCCGGCGGCUGCACCCGGGGCAACCCCGGACUCGCCACAAUCGCCGACUGGUCCAGCGCCGUCGCCGGGUACACCGGGAGGCGGAUCAUCGCCGGGCACCCCUGGAUCCGACGCGAGCAGCCCGCCGGCGCCGGGCGCUGACGGGGCCAACUCGACCACGCCGGGGAGCGCGGCUGCUCCGGUGACGGCAGGCCUGAUCGGCACGCUUGCAGCAGGCAUCGGCUACGCCAUGCUCGCUAUCUGAGUGUUCUUUUCUUUUGUAUAGUGUGUAAAUUGCGAGAUGCCACUCAUGCUCUGCAGAGGAUUUACCUUUGAACGUACAGUAUUUGUUUUCCGAUGGUGAAAUUAUAAUAAGAGAUAGUACGUUUGAGCUUUUUA